ACAUCUAGCAAGCUCAAACUAGUACGACUAAUCCUCAUUAUUCUUCCUUUGUUUACUUCCAAACUCUUUUAGGUCAUCAUGGGUGUUUUCACUUACGAAGCCGAGACCACCACUGGUAUUUCACCCGCUAGGCUAUUCAAGGCCUUUAUUCUUGAUGCUGACAACCUCAUACCAAAGAUUGCACCACAGGCCAUUAAAAGUGCUGAAAUCAUUGAAGGAAAUGGAGGACCAGGAACCAUCAAGAAGAUUACCUUUGGCGAAGGUAGUCAAUUCAACUAUGUGAAGCACAGGAUUGAUGAGAUUGACGAUGUAAACUUCACAUAUAGCUACAGCUUGAUUGAAGGUGAUGCUUUGACUGACAUAAUUGAGAAAAUCUUAUAUGAGAUCAAGCUAGUGGCAUCACCUGAUGGAGGAUCCACCUUGAAGAGCACCAGCAAGUACCAUACCAAAGGUGACCACGACAUCAAGGAAGAGCAAAUCAAAGCUGGAAAAGAAAAGGCUGCAGGACUUUUCAAGGCUGUUGAAGGCUACCUCUUGGCAAAUCCUGAUGCCUAUAACUAAAGCUUGUUUUCAUUCUUGAGUGUUCCCUCUGUCAUGAGUCAUGACUUCAUGAGUUGAAGUCCGCUUUAUUUUUAUUUAUUUUUUCUUUUUUAUGAUAUCCAGCAAAUAUGGUUUUGGGGUUGCAAUUAAAAAUAAUACUGUUUUUGGUGUUGUAAUCGUGUACUUGGAACUUGGAAGAGUGAAAAGUCAACGCUGUAUUUUUUUUUUUUUUUUUGAGAAAUAAUGAUGUAUCAUUUUGAAUACAUAUUAUGGAAGUCAUUGGAAAAUCAUAACGGUGCUUG